AUGGCACCGAACAUUACCGAAAGUGAUACCAUUAAUGAAAGCCUGGAGGUCGACAAUAAUAAUCAUGAAUUUAAUGGCGAAGAUUGGUUAAAACAACAAGGAUUUGGAACCAGGGCCAUACAUAUUGGUCAAGAACCUGAUCCACAUACCGGCGCCGUUAUCCCUUCAAUAUCAUUAUCAACUACUUUUAAACAAACAUCUAUUGGCGUUCAUAAGGGUUACGAAUACUCUCGGUCGGGAAAUCCAACGAGAAACGCAUUCGAAGAAACGAUUGCAUCAUUAGAAAAAGGAAAGCAUGCUCUUGCCUUCUCGUCCGGGUUGGCCGUAACCGCUACUAUUGUCACUGCUCUCGGAAGCGGUAGUCAUAUUGUAUCUGUGGAUGACGUCUACGGAGGCACAAAUCGCUACUUCAGGCAGGUGGCGAGCACUCAAGGAAUAGAAUUAUCAUUCGUUGAUUUGGCUAAUCCCAGUGAUAUCGAAACUGCUUUCAAGUCGAACACCAAGAUUGUUUGGAUCGAGACACCUACAAACCCAACGCUUCGCUUGGUUGACAUUCGAAUGGUUGCCAGAAUUGCACACACGCACAACGCCAUUCUGGUAGUCGACAAUACCUUCAUGAGUCCCUAUUUCCAGAAUCCUCUGGAGUUAGGUGCUGACAUUGUGGUUCAUUCAAUAACCAAAUAUAUAAACGGACAUUCUGAUGUUGUGAUGGGCGCAGCCAUAACCAAUAGCACCGAAAUUUACAACAAACUUAAGUUCCUUCAAAAUGCCCUUGGAGCCAUACCUUCGCCAUUCGAUUCAUGGCUGGCAAGUCGUGGAUUAAAAACUUUACAUUUACGAAUGAAGCAACAUCAAAAGAAUGCAAUGGAAAUCGCCCGAUUUUUAGAAAAGUCGGAUAAAGUUGAAGAAGUUAUAUAUCCAGGGCUAGAGAGUCAUCCACAACAUAAAUUGGCAAAAAAACAGGCCAAAGGAUUCGGAGGGAUGAUUAGCUUUAAGAUUAAGGGUGGUUACGAAGAGGCCAGACUAUUUUUAGAGAGCGUUAAAAUAUUUACUUUGGCCGAGUCAUUGGGUGGGGUUGAAAGUUUAGCGGAGCACCCGGCGAGAAUGACACAUGCUUCGCUCACCGCGGAGCAUCGUCGUGCCGUAGGUGUAACCGACAACUUGAUAAGAUUGUCAGUGGGUGUAGAGGAAACCGAGGAUUUGUUGGCUGAUGUCGCACAAGCACUCGAAAUAGCUGUACGGUAA